GUGUUCAAAUUUACGAAUAUUCAAUGAAAACAUAUAUGCCACUCCAACAAAAAAGAACCCAAAACCUUAUCACAAUUCAUUUUCAUGGCGCCUCAAACUAAAAAACCUGCAACUUAAAACAUGUUAUCGACUCCGUUGGGCGCCGCCACCAGUAGCUCCACAGUGCCAACUACCACGGGACGCGGACCUUCCCAAUCACCAGAAACGCUUGCAUCGCUAAUCACCACCUCUAAAAACAUCACCCAACUCCUCCAGAUCCACGCAGCUGCAAUCCGCCAUGGCUUUCAUAACCACCCUGUUGUAAAUUUCAAACUGCAGCGCUCUUACUCAUCGUUUGGCCGCCUUGAUUCAUCUCUUGCACUUUUUAACCGCACCCAUGAUCCCAAUGUCUUCUUCUACACUUCCAUCAUCCACGCUCACGCCGCCUAUAAUCUCCAUAUGCGAGGAAUACAAUUAUACAUCCAAAUGAUGUCACAAGAUGUAGAACCCAAUGAAUUUACAUUCUCUGCUCUGCUAAAGGGUUGUCCUUUAGAACCCGGAAAACUGCUUCACCCCCACGUAAUUAAACUCGGUUUUGAUUGUAAUAUGCACGUGAGAACAGCUCUGGUUGAUGUCUAUUCAAGAGGCGGCGACCUGGUUUCUGCUCGCCAACUGUUCGACACUAUGCCUGAGAGAAGUUUGGUUUCCUUGACUUCCAUGAUAACAGGGUACGCCAAGCACGGCGACCUCAUCAACGCACGGACAUUGUUUGAUCGUAUAGCAGACAAGGAUGCCGUAUGUUGGAAUGUAAUGAUCGGUGGGUAUGCAAAGUAUGGAAAACCAACCGACGCCAUAACCCUGUUUAGAAAAAUGCUGCAAACAAAGAUAAACCCUAACGAAGUCACAUUAGUCGCAGUUCUCUCUGCCUGUGGACAGAUCGGAGCUCUGGAAUCAGGAAGAUGGAUUCAUUCUUACAUCCAAAACAACGGAAUCCAUAUCAACAUUCAUCUGGGAACUGCUUUAAUCGACAUGUACACCAAAUGUGGUAGCUUAGAAGACGCGCUAAACAUCUUCAAUAACCUCAAGAACAAAGACGUCAUCACCUACAACUCCAUGAUCUCAGGCUACUCAAUGCACGGGUAUCACCAAGAAGCUUUACUUCUGUUUCACGAUAUGCACAAGAAUCAUAAACAACCCACCGCCAUCUCAUUCAUCGGAAUCUUGAAUUCCUGUGCUCAUUCCGGCCUAGUCUCAAUCGGAAAGGGAAUCUUUCUUUCCAUGGAAACCAAACACAAAAUCAAACCAACAAUCGAGCACUAUGGAUGUGUCAUCAACCUUCUAGGUCGAGCCGGUUUUCUCAACCACGCAUACACACUCACCAACAACAUGAACAUAAACAACAUCAAACCUGAUCCAAUCAUAUUUGGAACUUUACUCGAUUCAUGCACCCUCCAUAAAAACAUCGAAUUAGCCGAAAAGAUUGUAAAGUUCUUGAUCGAUCAUAAUCUUGCGAAUUCAGGAACUUAUAUCCUUCUUUCAAACUUAUACGGGUCCACUUCAAAUUGGGCCGGUGUGGCCCGCAUGAGGGCAUUGAUGAAGGAUCACGGGGUGCAAAAAGAACCGGGGUGUAGCUCGAUUGAGGUUAACAACAAGGUGCAUGAGUUUGUUGCAGGUGAUAUGAAACACCCGAAAAGUGAAGAGAUAUAUGGGAUGGUGGAGGAGGUGAAUGGGUGGUUGGAAAGCCAUGGUUAUAGGCCACAGACGGAUGUGGUGUUGCAGGAUAUUGGGAAGAGGGAAAGAGUGAGAUCAUUGGAGGUUCAUAGUGAGAAGCUUGCUAUUGCAUUUGGGCUUAUUAGUACAAAGGCUGGAAGUAGUAUCAAGAUUGUGAAGAAUCUUAGGGUUUGUUUGGAUUGUCAUGAGGUGACGAAAUUGAUUUCGAAAGUUACGGGUCGAAGGAUUGUUGUUAGGGAUCGGAAUCGGUUUCAUCAUUUUGUUGAUGGGUUGUGUUCUUGUGGGGAUUAUUGGUGAUAUUAAUUCAUUUGAUAGGUUAAUUAGUAAUUAUAUGACCCUUUUUUUUUUUUUUCUUUUUGAAUGGGGACAUUUGUAUGGAAGGUAAAUAAGAAAUGACUUUAUUUAAGAUAAGAGUAGUUACUACUUACUAAUCAUUUUAAUUUAUUUGUAUGGAAGGUAAAUACAAACAUACAACACAUUAGUACAUUCUCUUAGAUCUAAAGGAUUCAGCCUAGUCAACAACCCUAAAACCUUAAUCCUGUUUUACCUUGAAUUUUAAUGCAUCCAGUUAAAGAAUAUAGUAAUCUUUUGCGUGAUUGAAGGAGUUGUGUGAUGAAAUUUUGUGGGUCUUCUAAGUGCAGCCACUGCGGUUAUUUAAUCUAUCCGCAAUGUUCUACUAGACUACUACCACUCCGGUCGAGCAACCUAC